GACACAUCAGGUGCCUUUCGAAUGUUUCUCUUCCAUCACUGUGCACAGUGUGCGGUUAUUUUUCCGCUGAUUUUCAGUAGUGAUUCAUUGUCAUGACAAAAGAAUAGCCCAUUGCUGUCAUUAUUAUGCACACUGUAUAAAUACCAAGCGACAUGAGGCAGUGAAACAUUCAGUCAGUUUCUAACCUCACUGGACUCAAAAUGGGAAAGGCAAGGAGAGCUCAGUGUUUUUGCAUUCUAUUGCAUUGCAAAUCUCCUGGGAUGAACUGUUAACUUACAGGCAUUUAUUUUUCUCUCCACACAGGUCAUUUUCUACGAGGACAGGAACUUCCAGGGUCGGCACUAUGAGUGCAGCACCGACUGUGCCGACCUGUCCCCUUACUUCAGCCGCUGUAACUCCAUCCGUGUGGAGAGUGACUGGUGGGUGGCGUACGAGAAACCAAACUACAUGGGGUACCAGUAUGUCCUGAACAGGGGAGAGUAUCCUGACUACCAGCGCUGGAUGGGAUUCAACGACAACAUCAGGUCCUGUCGCAGCUACCCACAUCAACGAGGUGGAAACUACAGGAUGAAGAUUUACGAGAGGCCUGACUUUGGAGGACAGAUGAUGGAAUUCAUGGACGACUGUCCCUCCGUCUACGAUCGCUUCCGUAACCGUGACAUUCACUCCUGCAACGUGAUGGAUGGUCACUGGAUCUUCUAUGAACAACCCAACUACAGAGGCCGACAGUACUUCAUGAGACCUGGGGAGUACAGGAAAUACAAUGACUGGGGCGGAUACAACUCCACCAUCGGGUCUUUCAGGCGCAUGAGGGACUUCUAAUCUGUUAUUGCAUGGCACAAAUUUAUCUUGUUAAAAUAUUUAUCGCCACAAUAAAACAUCUCUACUUCAACACUGUUUACAUCCGCAAAUUUAUUGAAAGUCUAAAGAUAGAUGGUCUCUCAUAAUGUCACCAUGUGUUGUUUAGUUUAGUUUAGUUUAGUUUAGAGAUACAGCGCAGAAACAGGCCCGUCAGCCCACCGAGUCAGCACCGACCAGUGAUCCUUGCACAUUAA